AUGUCGGAUACGACGAAUUCGAUGCGGGGAAGCUGCGAUUGUGAUGGCGAUGGCGAUGAGGAAGAGAAAGAGGAGGAGAAGAGGAAGAGGAAGAGGAAGAAGAAGAGGGAGAUUAGAAUCGGAAUUGGGAUGAGAGAGGGAGAUAAGGCCAGCGGGGAGAUUGCGACACCACCAAGAACAACAACAACCCCACAACACAUCAACACAGGCAGCGCCGCUAACAACGGCCGCCACACCCCAACUCGCAGCCAUCAGAUCGGAUCAGAUCAGACCAUGUAA